AUGGCAGCCAGCAGCUCUGAGGUCUCUGAGUUGAAGCAGGUUGAGGAGAGUCCUGAGACCCAGGGAGAAGGGUCUGGCCAUUCUGAAGCUGGAACUGGCCCUCUCCAGGUCCUAGCAGGGGACCAGCCAGAGGCCAUGCAGCCAGGCCCAGUCACCACUGUGGCCCCUGUGGACUCAGGGCCCAAGCUUGGGCUGGCUCCAGAAACCACAGAGACCCCUACUGGGGCCCCAGAAACAGCCCAGGCCACAGACCUCAGCUUAAGCCCAGGAGGGGAAUCAAAGGCCAACACCAGCCCCGAAGAAGCAUGCCAAGAGCUAGCAUCCAAACCAGAAGUGAGCAAAGAGGCCACUGCAGACCAGGGGUCCGAGCUGGUGUCUGCAGCCCUGCCUGAGCCAGCCUCAGAGCCUGCUCCCCAGCUAGACCCCCAGCCAGGUUCUCAGGACACCCCCAAGCCAGCUCUUCAUCCAGAGCCCCCUACCCAGGAGGACCCCACCCCUGAGGUCCUGACUGAGAUUGCAGAGGAAAAGCAAGAGAAUGGGGCAGUGGUGCCCUUGCAGGCUGGUAAUGGGGAAGAGGGCCCAGCUCCUCAGCCUCACUCGCCACCUUCAACAAAACCCCCCCCAGCCAAUGGAGCUCCCCCCCGCGUGCUACAGCAGCUCGUUGAGGAGGACCGACUAGGAAGGGCUCACAGUGGGCAUCCAGGAUCUCCCAGAGGGAGCCUGAGCCACCACUCCAGCUCUCAGCUGGCAGGGCCUGGGGUAGAGGGGGGUGAAGGCACCCAGAAACCUCGGGACUACAUCAUCCUUGCCAUCCUGUCCUGCUUCUGCCCCAUGUGGCCUGUCAACAUCGUGGCCUUCGCUUAUGCCGUCAUGUCCCGGAACAGCCUGCAGCAGGGGGACGUGGAUGGGGCCCAGCGCCUGGGCCGUGUGGCCAAGCUCUUAAGCAUCGUGGCGCUGGUGGGGGGGGUCCUCAUCAUCAUCGCCUCCUGCGUCAUCAACUUAGGAGGUGAGUGAGGGUCUGGAACAGGCAAGGGAGGAGUGGAAGGAUUGACAAGGGCAGCUUUACUAACCCCUGCCCCUGCUCUCUCCUGUCUGUCCUCCUUACUUCUCCUUUGUCUCUCCUUGUCUCCCUGUCCCUUCUCCGUGUCUGUCUGUCCUUCCCUCUCCUCUCCCACAGUGUAUAAGUGA